AUGGUCCAUGGCCUACGAGGUGUGCAAAUUGGUGACUCGUCUUAUAUAUUGUCAUGUCCCGUGUCACUUUUGGAACGCCAGAUGAGAAGAAAUGCAUGCUUCAUCGAUGGCACAACGAACGAUAAUACGUUCGUCGAGAUGACCGACAUCCAAGGUCAGGGUGACGUCGAGCCGAUCGUGUACGAUGCCGCCGAGUCGUCGAAGAAGAAACGUACAAAGCCAACGACAUAUGCCAAAGAAAUAGAGCAACCUGGUACUAAUGAUGCCGCCACCAAAGAAUCUGUCAAUUUACUGCACCGAAUGAUCGAAGAGUUGAAGACCGUGACCGAGGAGACGAUCCUAAAUCGCAACGACCCUGAUAAAGGGAUCAAAGAAGAAAUUACGAUUUGGGAGGAAAAGGAGGACAAAUUGAUUAGGAUAAUCGAAAAUAACGAAGGAUCGCAUGAGAGCAUCAUCGAGGAAACCCGAUCGAUCAGGCAAUUCGUGGACGAAGACAGGGACGAAGUGAAGUCGUCGAUGAUGAUGUCGGGUGCCUCUUCUUCGAGGAAUCUUUCGUUCGAUGAGGUUUAUCUCGAGGAAAAUGCUACGGAGUAUCCGCCAAAGCAAACGUCCAUUGACGAAAUCGAAGAAACUCGUGAUAUCUUUCCGGAAACGAAAGAAACCGACGAGACAAUCAAGUCGAAGAAGAAGAAGAAGAAGAAGAAGAAGAAGAAGAAGAAGAAAAGGGAAAGCUUGGGUCGAAGACUCAAGAGGUUCUUCCUAAAGAGAUUCAAGCGUGGAAAGAAUUGAUAGAAUGUUUUCGUUUGAAGACCGAGACGCAACUUUGGAAGCAUUUUUUUUUUCUGUUUGUUUAUACAUAUCCGCUCCGAUAGAGUACUUUUCUUUUUUUAUAGUAACGCGACGCUCCACGGUGAACGUAGCGUCGAUCGUUUGUCGACAGUGUGCCGAGCAAGUAAAAAUAGUUCGGACAGUGUCUGAUCAUCGCAUGGUCCACCGAUGGAAUUACGUCUGAGGGGGAGAGGAAAGAAAAAAGGCGUCGCGUUAAGAAAAGAAAAGAAAUCGAAAAGUGUCCUGACAAUUUCUAGAAAUUCUUUAUUAUACUUUUAUAAAGAUACGCCUCUCUCGCUUGCGCGUGAACAUUGUAUCGUCAUUGUUUCUAUGAUAGUUUACCAAGCACGCAACUUCGCCAUGAUUAUGUGCAUAUACUCGUAUAACAAUCGUAGAAUUGGUCUAGCAGAUAAUACGUAAAAUAAAAGUUGCGUCCAAAUAUAUAUAUGUACAUAUAUUGGUGUGCGUAUAUAUAUAUAUAUAUAUGCGUAUAUAUAUAUAUAUACACAUAUACACACACACACACACACACACACUCACAUAUAUAUAUAUAUGUAUAAAAUCGCUGAAAAAUCGCCGUACAACAUCGAGGGUCCGUAGCAGGAAUCGAAGGACGAAUCUGAAUCUAUAUACAUAUGUAUUUUGUGUCGGUUUUUUAAUGCCACUGCAGAUCUGGCAACCCUGAUAUACCGCUGUUGAAAACCAUUUAUCGUAGUAGGAAGCACACUUUAAGCACAGAGCUCCUUCUUCUCGAACUGUUUUUGGACCGCAACGUUGCCAAUGCUCUCUUCUUAGUCGAGAUGACUUUGUUUCAGCAUGAUCUUUCUCGUCUAUCUCGAUCGUCGCGCCAUCUGUAGAAAUAAAAUGAAUAAAUUUGGUAACACCCGGUACCACUUCUGUUUCUACCUCCGUGAGAUCAGCAUCCCAUAGAAGCA